AUGCAUCGCCAGAGAAAAACAAAGGAUCGACCAGCAACUGCAGAGAGAACUGUCACUGCACAUCUUCGCGACCUGGAACACCGUGCAAGGCAUCCCGCUCGACUAGAAGGGAGAGAACGAGAAGAGUCUCAUUACGAGACGCCCAUAAUUGACGAUGAAAGCUUUGUGGUUCAUUCUAAUUUAGAGUCUAGUGAUGUGACACAAAAUCUUAACAAAAAAGGACACCAUCUACCCACUUGGGAUUUCAGUCAACAAUUACAAAAGAUAUUAGGAGCGGACUUGAACGGCCAUUCUCCACACUCUGACUCAUACAAAGUCCCUCUAGGGGAUGAGACAUUCUUGGAUUCUUUGGAGUCGGCUUUUCCACCGAAACAGUAUAUCAUUCACCUCGCUCAUGUGGUGGACUUCCAUGUCAAUACAAACUAUUGCCUUUUUAACAUUACUGUCUUUAUUGACCAGCUGAAUAAGGUGGCUCCAGACACAAUAUCUGGCGCAUUCAAAGUGAAAUUGUCACUGAUAGUCGCCCUUGGCAGACUCUUUCUCGAAAAAGGGGCAACGGUAUCUGGUCCGCCAGGAAUAACAGACUUUCUCAGAGGGGUUCGCGAUUUUAAACCACACACAAUGACAGAUGAAGAUCCGUCAAUAGCUGUUGAGUGUCUCUGCCUGUUGGCUACAUAUGCGCAAGCAGCUGAUAUGCAUCGAAUGGCGUAUCUCUAUAUUGGACAAGCAUCUCGAAUAGCACGGGCCUGGAAAUUGGACUGCGGCGAUGGCGAUAUCAUGACUAUUGGAAUCAAGCAUACUCAAAAGCUGUGGUUGACUGUUUGCACUCUUGAUCAAAGACUAUCUGCCACUAUAGGUGUCUCACCCGAUACCGGUUCUACAGAGCAACCUUUUGUGAGCAGCUACUUCAACGACGCAUCUAAUAUUGAAAUCCCACUCAACCUUGAAAUUGCUAAUAUACUAACUCGAGUUGUCAAAGUUUUGUCUCAACACCAAAUCGAGGAUGCCCUGACCUCCUCAUUCGUCGGCAAGAUCUCCACGGAGCUUACGUAUUUGCAAAGUCUCGUAGAGCACAUGAAAAAUAUACAGCCCCUCUGUUCUACGCCGUCACUUUUGACAACGUCGAGGCAAGUCGCCACGCUACAUCUCCAAUUUUAUCAUUGCAUUAUGGUUGCUACGAGACCUGUUCUUCUGUGCCUGCUGAAACGUGGCCUGCAAGAACCGGUAUCCAUUAUAGAGGAGAGUGUGUCGUUUGAGACUCUCUUCAAAAUUAUGCAAACAUGCAUCAAUGCAGCGAAUUGCACUCUGAGCAUUAUUUCUGCACUUUAUGAACAGAAUCUGUUAGAAACGUUUAUGUUUUUGGAUAUGGAGAUGACUUUCCAGGCGUCAUUAUGCCUAAUACUUGGCAAUAAAAUCUUCCCAAAAGCCACCGAAUCAUACUACAUCCCCUUGGCAGAAAAGGUGCUUCAAUAUAUGUGUCACACAGGGAGUAUUCCGGCGGGUCUGCUUCAAAAAGAGCUGAGUUUUCUACAUGGACUUAUUGCGGAUCAUAAUAUCCUGUCAUUUCACCAGCUUUUCGGAAGAAACAGCUCGUUUUGGGUUGAUAAUAACUUUCUUGACAAGCGUCUUAGCAUGAUUCAGGUUGGGCUGGAUUUAACCAACGCAAUUCUUGGUGUGAUUGAAAUCCCAUCUCUGAAUGGUUUCUCUGCAGAAAACGCCCCGGAAUCUUCGCUUCAAGCAACCAGGACAGAGCUCAAUAAUAAUAGCAUAUCCCACGAGUAUCAAAUGGACGGCAUAGACCCGGUGGACACUUCGUUCAGUUUUGAUAUGGCAGAUCUCCAGUGGUUAGACUGUGUGCAAUAA